UUUACCCAUAACAAAAAAGCAGCUUUUUAUCAUGGCCCCCGUUGAUUUUGAUGUUGUUUUAGAAAAAAGUAACGAACUAGAAACUCGAUUUCUUCAAAACCCCAAAAACGAUCUUCAAGAACUUCAAAAAAUUGUUCAAGAGCAAGAACAUGCCCUUCGUUUCCCUUCUGUCUCGUACUCUGACUGCUAUACUCUGGGAGAAAUCAUUCGUAGACUAUAUAGCCAAGCCCGCUAUACAGCUCCUAUAGUUAUCGAUAUCACGAUCAACGGCCAUCAAGUUUUCCACCUAGCUUUUGACGGAAGCAGUCCUGACAACGAUGCCUUUAUUAAACGAAAGUAUGCUACUGUCAAUCGCUUCCAUAUGUCUAGCUUCCGCAUGGGCUUGAUGAUGUCCGACUCGAAAACAACAAUCUCUACCAAGUAUAAUGUUCCUGAAGGGGACUAUGGAGCUUUUGGUGGUGGUUUCCCCCUUACUCUUACGUCCGGUGUCCAGAUUGGUGUUAUUUGCGUAUCGGGUCUUCGUCAGGUCCAAGAUCACUGCAUUAUUGUACGUGCUGUCGCUCAAUUGCUUCAAAACGGACCAGCCGCGUCAAAGUAACUGCAACAACUAAUGUCUUAUACAAUACCUGUUUAUGACUUACAAUAACACACACCAAACACUUCAUACACAACCAAAAAUAUAUACACGUAUUUUUUAUUUACAUUUUUAUAAUUCUUGAAUAAAAUAAACAAAAGCUUUGAUUCUUCAAUCGUUU